GAUGGAAACAAUUUUCUUUCUUUCCUCGAAGCCCUAACUUUCAUUUCAUUUCAUUUCAUUUUCAUUCUUGAGAAUGAAAACAAAGAGAAAUGCUAAUUUGUCUUCGUUUUCACUAACAUGAGUUGGAGGAGAAUAAGGACAGCAAGAUCUAUUCCCAUUUCGGCCAUUUUUGCGGCGGAAACAGAGGCAGGUACGGUUUCUUUUGAGCCCUCGCUGCGCGCUUUUCCUUCUCGCCCACAAACGGUUUCUUCGAAUCAAUCCAAUUUCAAAAAAAACUCUAAUGAUUUAGACGAUGCUCGAAAGUUAUUCCGUCAAAUGGCUCAUACCAGGCCCUUGCCUUCUGUUAUUCAGUUCAACAAGCUGCUUUGUAGAAUUGUGAAAUUGAAGCAUUAUUCCAUAGUUGUUUCCCUCUUUCAAGAAAUGCGCAUUAAGGGCAUCCCCAUCGAUGUGUAUACCAUUAGCAUUCUGAUGGAUGUGUACUGCCGCUCAAGUCGAGUAGAUUGCGGGUUUUGUGUACUUGGUGUGGUCUUCAAGUGUGGAUUUGAGUUUGGUGUGGUCACAUUCAACACUCUGAUUAAUGGCCUCGUUCUGGAUAAUAACAUUGCGGAGGCUGUAGGGCUAUUCAAGAAGUUGGUGAGGGAAAAUGUGUGCAAAGUUGAUCAAAUUACUUAUGGUAUUCUUGUAAAUGGGCUUUGCAAGGCAGGUCAUACACAAAUUGCUCUUGAUUUACUUGUAGUAAUGCAACAGGAGGGACCUAAGCCUGAUACUAUAGUCUAUAGUGCUGUAAUUGAUUCUCUAUGCAAAGAUAGAAUGGUUGAUCAGGCUCUUGACCUUCUCUCUGAGAUGAUUGAAAGAGGGGUUCCCCCGAAUAUCUUCACAUACACUUCACUGAUUCAAGGCCUUUGCAGUUUUAGCCGAUGGAAAGAGGUUACAAAGUUAAUGAAUGAGAUGGUGUUACAUAAUGUAUAUCCAGGUGUGUAUGUUUUCAAUGUAUUAAUGGAUGCCCUCUGUAAGGAGGGGAAGUUGGAAAGUGCGGAAACUAUUAUUCAGAUCAUGAUUCAAAGGAAGAUUUAUCCUGAUGUUGUCACAUACAACACUCUUAUUGAGGGUUACUGUUUGCAAGGACGGAUGGAUGAAGCGAGGAAAGCUUUUGGUCGGGUGGUAGAAAGUGGCCUUCAACCUAAUGUUAGAACCUAUAGCAUAUUAAUUAAUGGAUACUGUAAAAUAAAAGAAAUGGAUGAGGCCAUGCAUCUGUUUUGUGAAAUGCCUCAAAAAGGGUUUCAUCCUAAUGUUAUUACGUAUACCACAAUGUUGAAGGGGUUAUUUCUGGUGGGUAGAAGUUCUGCUGCACGCGAUGUAUUCAAUGACCUCAUCUCUAAAGGGCAACGCCUAGAUGUGGUUACAUACAAUGUAAUGAUAUAUGGGCUUUGUCGAGAAGGAGUUUUAGAUGAAGCCUUAGAGUUGUUAAGGAAAAUGGAGAAGAAUGGUUGCUUACCAAAUACUGUGACUUAUAAUGCUAUUUUGCAAGAAUUUGUUAGACAGGAAAAAUGUCACGAGGCAAAUCUACUUUUGGAUGAAAUGGUUGGUAAGGGUAUUUCUCCAAAUGAGUGCACGUUGUUCUUCAUAAACGACUUACUUGCACUUAAAAGUGGAGAUGAGACAGUACUAAAGGUGAUGCAGAAAUUUGCAGCAAAUUGUGUAAAGUAACUACAUAUUUGGAAUGUUAUAGCUUCUCUGCUUGUUCAUGGAUUGCUACUUUUGGAGGAAUGUUUUCAGAGAUUUCACUCCCAGUUCAUUUAGCACCUACUAGGGUGGACAUCCAACUGACUGUAGGAAGUAGCAGUAGCUUUCAGAUAUUUAGUUGUGGGAAAGUAAGGUUCAAAUGGCAUUAUCUGCAGGUCAAAAUAAUCCCUUUAAGUUAGUAGUUGAGAAAGCAGUAUCUUUCAUAAAAGCUUAAUAUAUUUUGGCGUCAGAGAGCAAAACAAUUUUGGCUUGCGAAAGGCGACCGAAAUACAAAAUACUAUCAUCUUUAUGCCUCGGCAAGGAAACGAAAGAAUCAUAUUGAAAAGCCCCAAGAUGAUACAGACCAGUGGAUUGAGGGAGCUGAUCUUCUAGGGCUUGCUAUGAGACACUUCAAAAAUAUUUUCACUUCAAAAGGUGUGAGUACAACUGAAGCAAUUCAUGACUUCGUACCUAAAAUUACUGAGAGUGACAACGAGCAGCUGUUACGGCCCUUUUCAUAUGAGGAUGUCCGAGAAGCUAUUAUUUCUAUGGCCCAAGAUAAGUCUCCGGGUCCGGAUGAUUUUAGUCCAGAUUUUUUCCAGCACUUCUGGGGUGAAAUAGGUUAGGAUGUAUCCAGUUUUGUUAUUGAUUGUGCAAAUGGCAGAGAUUUUCCACUUAAUUUUAAUGAUGCGUUCAUCACUUUGGUGCCUAAAAUAUCUAAGCCUACAACUAUGAGGGAGUUGCGGCCAAUUGCGCUUUGCAAUGUAAGUUACAAGAUUCUUUCAAAAAUGUUAGCCAACAGAAUGAAGGAAGUUUUAGAUAAAGUAAUCUCUAUUUCUCAAAGUGCCUUUCUCCUGGGACGAUUAAUCACGGAUAAUGUACUUGUUGCCUCCGAGAUUAUUCAUUAUUUAAAUCGCAAACGAGAAGGUCGGGAUGGCUGAUGUGCUCUAAAACUGGACAUUGCUAAAGCUUAUGACAAAAUGGAAUGGUCAUUUUUAAGAGAGAUUAUGGUUCGUAUGGGAUUUGACCAACGAUGGAUUAAUCUUAUUAUGAGGUGCGUUACAACAGUUCGCUACAAGGUCGGGGUAAAUGGUGAUCUCACAGACUUUAUUAUUUCGACAUGUGGGUUGAGACAAGGUGAUCCUUUGUCCCCCUAUUUAUUUAUUUUGUGUGCAGAGGGGUUGGCGCACUUAAUCACUAUGGCGACUAUGAAGAAGAUGUGGUCUCCGUGCAUUGUGGC